AUGGAGGUCAAGGUCAAGGAGAUGGAACCCCAAGUCAAUGACAUGGAGGUGGACAUCCCACUGGUGCUGGAGGUAGCAGAGGGAGAGGAGGUGGCUGUGGAAGAGGAGGAGAAAGAGGAGAAGGGGGAGAAGGUGGUUGUGGACAAUGAGGACAAGGAUGAGGACGAGGACAAGGUGAAGGAGGAGCUAGAGGACUUCAGCAAUUAG